ACGGUGACAAUUGUGCGGUGGUCGGAGAGUAGCGGCGUUUUCUGCGUCGUCGCGUCGUUCUUCGCGUUUCAUUCCGCGUCAUUCACUAUCAUGUAGUAGAUGGGUGCGUAUCGCUCGCAUCGGCAUGGUAGCCGUCGCAGGCGCGCGUCAUCACUGUGGAUCGCGAUCGUGAAACGUAAACGUUAACACGACAUACAGAAGAGGUGUGUCAACGCGGGACGCGUUGACGUAUACGAUAAACGGUUAGCUCGCUUCUCAGUAAAUAGAGAGAGAGAGAGAGAGAGAGAGACAGCACCAAGACGGUGUAGCGAGCGAGACGUAGCGUGACAGGCGACCGUCUGACAAAACGCGGACGUGUCGCGACGAGGCGACGAGAGGAGCGCCGCCUCGCAAUUAUCGCGAUUAUUUAAUCAUGCCCAAUUCGCGAGUCACCGGAGACGGUUGCAUGGACGUUCGCAGGCGAGCUACGACGACGACGACGACGACGGUGGUGACGGUGUCGACAGCGGCGUCGGUAGUAUCGGUGGUGACUACGGCGUGAAUGAUCCUUUCCGCGCCUCCGUCCACGCCUCCGGCAUGUUGAUACUCGUUCAUCGCGUGUGUGUAACGGUAUACGCGUGGGUACACGCGACUCGCGUCUAAAAUCGAUCGAUCGGAGGAACUGUGCGCGAGAGUGUGGCGAGAAGAGCGAGAAAGAACGAGGGUGCGUGCACGAUAAGAGUUCUCUCUGUCUCUGUCUGUCGUGCAUGGGUGCUGCUGGUGCUAGUGGUGAUAUCGCGCAUUCCGGCCGGUCACGCCUGGCCGAGAAAUGCGGUUCUGAAUCGACCGAUUCCCCGUGAUCGGCGGCUUGUGUUGCGCCCCGUGCGCGCUUUCGCGGGGCAGGCGGGUGACAGCGGUGGCCGGCGGAAGGAAGGAACGGCGGAGUGAGGGGGAGGGGAGUAGGGAGUUGUACUUGGACGAGAGUACGCGAGCCGUACGUGAGGUAAGGAGUGCGCGCGAGUUUCGUUGUGCCGACGCGCUCCGCCGGGUGGUCCCUCGCGGCUGAAUCGUCGGUGGUCGUCGCUCCGGAUCGUAACGCUCGCUCGCUCGCUUGCGCGCUCGCGCGCGCGCGAGAGAGGACGAGCGACACGCACGUCGGGGAGAUCGAGAUCGGGAAGACGACAGGACGGAAACGAGACAGGCAGGAAGGAAGGAAGAAAGGAAGAAAAGGAGGAGGUUAGGAACGGAGAGAGAGAGAAGCAGGGUAGCAAGAUGGCGGGCUCCUUAACGUGGUCGUGUUGCCUGCGCUUCAAAUUCAGCCCGGAGGAGAUCGAACAGCGAUAUAAGAGCCAGGAGAUCGACCGGAUGCUGGAGAAGGACCGGCAGACGUUCCGCAGGCAGGUGAAGCUCCUGCUGCUCGGCGCGGGCGAGAGCGGCAAAUCGACAUUCCUCAAGCAGAUGCGGAUCAUUCACGGGAUCAAGUUCGAGCCUGAAUUAAUUAAGGAAUAUCAGCAUGUGAUCUACCAGAACAUAAUUAAGGGCAUGAAGGUUCUGGUGGAUGCUCGAGAUAAGCUCAAUAUCCCUUGGGAGAAUUCGAAGAAUUACGAUAUUGGCUUUCAAUUACUCAAAUUUGAAAACACCAUGGUGCUGGAUACUAGAUUAUUUUUGCACUACGUGCCGGCAUUGCAGAGUUUAUGGAAGGACGCAUCGAUCAGAAGAGCGUUCGACAGGCGAAGAGAGUUUCAAUUAAGUGAUUCUGUUCAGUAUUUCUUGGACAAUCUAGAGAGGAUUGCAAGAGUGGAUUAUACACCCACGCAUCAAGAUAUCUUGCACUGUAGGAAGGCAACGAAAGGCAUUUCCGAGUUUGUAAUACCGAUUAACAAUAUCCCAUUCCUCUUCGUCGACGUUGGCGGCCAAAGAUCUCAAAGGCAAAAGUGGUAUCAGUGCUUCGACUGUGUGACGUCCAUACUUUUUCUUGUAUCGUCAUCGGAAUUUGACCAGGUUUUGUUGGAGGAUAGGAGAACCAACAGAUUGGAGGAAUCUAGAAACAUAUUUGACACGAUCGUGAACAACAUGAUAUUCUGCGGCGUCUCCAUCAUCCUGUUUCUGAAUAAGACGGAUUUGCUCGACAAGAAAGUGAGGUCGCAGGACACGAAUGUCCGUUUGUACUUUCCACAAUUUACGGGUGAUCCACAUUCCAUGAAGGACGUGCAGAGCUUUAUCCUCGAUAUGUUCGUCUCGGUCAAGAGGGAUCCAAGGAAGCCGCUGUUCCAUCACUUCACCACCGCGGUGGACACGGAGAACAUCAAGGUCGUCUUUAAUGCCGUGAAGGACACGAUUCUGCACCGGAACUUGGAAUCCCUGAUGCUUCAAUAAUGACGACGUGGAGAGCGGGGAGAUUAGAUCGGCAAGAAGGAAGCAGCUAGUAAAACAAAGGUACGCGGUUAAAAAAAAUUCAACAUUUACAUAUACCAUUAAUCCAACUAGUUAGUUUUCGAGAAGAGUAUUGCAAACGCAGACUGUAGGUCGAGACAUUUUGAUAAGACAAUAUAUAUACACGUGGAUACGAAUCGAGUAUUUACCUCCGCAUAUAGAUACACUUGUAGCAAGGAAGUGAGGGAGAAAGAGAAAAAAAACUGCCUGAUGUAAAGAUAUAUUGAGAAUUUUGACUUUGUAUACACUAUAUAUGUAUAUUAAGAUAUAUUUUCAUUGUGCUUUUUUGGAUAAAUGGUUGUAAUGAAGAGAGUAAGAGGGAGAGAGAGAGAGGAGAUUAUUAUACAAACUCUAUUGUACAUAACGAUUUUGUAUUCUAUUUGUUGUCAAUAAUUUCUACGAUAAUGUUUUGACAUAUUUGUAUAGGAGAGAUUAAUUGUGCAAAUAAUUCAGUUUGGAUUCUUACGUUUGUACAGAUAUUUGAUGAUGAUGAUGAUCAGUGCUUUUCCCAUAAUAUAAUAUAUAAGAUUAUUAUCGCUGGUUGUUGACAAACCAGCUGUUCGCAAAACUACGAAUAACUUAUUGCUUACUUAAGAUUGAAGAGAUUCUUAACAACUGCAUAUAUUAAGUAACAGGAAAACCAAAUACUAGGUCCAUGCCAUAUAAACCAAAUGAAGCUAACCAGUUUGUGUUCAAAUUGCUGUGGAAAAAAUAACUAAAUCUUUCACCUUUUGGAUUGUUAUUCAACAUAAUGCUACUCGACUUUUUGUCCAUUCUAUAAGUUGAUUCAUUCUUUAGACUGCUGUUAAGAAGUUAAAGUCCCAUUAAUUCAGUCCAUUUCUUUAUUUCGUAUAAAACAUAAUGAGAGACUAAAUUCUUAAGUUCUACAUAUUUUUCUUUGUACGUGGUUUUCUAAUUUUUCUUUGGUUGAGGGAAAAUUAUAAGCAAAAUUAAUUUCAUAUACAUAUAAAUUAACAUGUACGUAUAAAUAAACACGUUAAAGAAACGUAACAGCAGCUAUUUUAAAUUUUAUUACAAUGAUAUUAUGUAGCAAAUUUAACUUGUUCUGUAAGUUUAAUAAUUAAUCCGUUAUUCAACAUUAUUCCUUUCAAAAACAGAUUUCAAUAAAACAAUCAGUAUUAUUUUUUCUGCGUGGUUCAACGCGCUCUCGAUUUUAUACAUUAUAUUACUCUUGUUAUGGCAAAUUCUGAAUGAAACAGCAAUUUGUAUAAACUAUAUAUCUAAUUUAGCAUAUUAUAAAUAUAAUUUUGCGUAUUACAUGCAUGCUUCCUUAUUAAUUUUGUUAUCGUAUAAUGUGCAAGUAAAUGUCAGUCAACACAUCUGGCACAGUUCGGACUGAACCAUUGUAACAUACCAAAAAUUAUGAGAAAAAAGUAGAAAAGUAUAUUUUAUGCAACGUGAAAUUAUUAUCUAAUUGCUUUCGGCAAUAAAAAUUAUGACAUCUUUUGUUGUAUGUAUACGCACAUAAAUCGUAUCCAAAGAUUUUAUGUAAUGAUGUCGACUAAGCCAAAGAAUUUUAUGUAGAAUGAAGAAAUCCCUACAGAUGUAUAAUUUACCUUUUAUUAAUUUAUUUAAUAAUUCUGUACGGAUGUAUAUGUAUUACACUAGAUUUAUCUUUGAAAACAACAAUUGCAAUCCUUUGCUACGCGAGUUUUUCCGAGAUUCUACGAGGAUCAUCUAUUACAUAAAAUCUUUGUUACUCUUAAUCCGUGUAAAAGUACAGAAAAGAGGUAUAAGUUUACUACUACGUAAAUUUGUAAUAUGUACUUCUAUUAUUAAUGAGAACAAUACUAAUUUUAUACGUAUUAAGUUAUACAUUUUUAAAGAUAUACACAUAUGAAGCGUGUAAAUCUGGAUUAAGCUCAUUCAAAUUAUACGAUACCUAAGCUCUUACGUAUACUACUCUAUGCGACACGUAAAAAAA